CCGAAGCCAUGCAUCAGGCAGAUCAUGGCUAGCCCGAUCCUGCAGCUUUGUUGGAGGAGGAGGAGUAUAAAUGCAAGCACUCCGUAAAACGAUAUCAUCACCGGCUCAUUCAUCGAGCCUAAUUGAAUUCUAUUGCAACGACAGCCAUCACCAGCUGUUCAAGCCGGAAAAGAUGGCCUCGACAAGCGUCCUACUGAGCAAGACCAUUUUGGCGAGCGUCGUGCUUUUGGCAACAGUAUGCGCAUGCACUGCGGUGAGUCCCCACGCAGCUGGUCUGUCUGAGGACUUUUACGACAAAAGCUGCCCUCAAGCAGCUUCCAUCGUCGACGCCUACGUCACCAAGUUCCUCGAGAAGGACAGAAACUUUGCUGGUGCCUUCAACAGGUUACAGUUCCAUGAUUGCUGGGUUGGGGGCUGCGAUGGCUCUGUUCUCUUGAACUCGACCGAAACCAACCAAGCGGAGAGGGAAGCUCAUGUCAACUUCGGCCUCAGAGGAGUUGCAGAGAUCGAUGAAAUCAAGGCUGGUCUAGAACACUUCUGCCCAGGCGUUGUGUCCUGCGCAGAUAUACUCAUCCUGGCUGCUCGUGAUGCCACUGCCAAGGUUGGAGGCCCAACUUGGUCCGUCGCUUUGGGUCGCAGAGAUGGAGUGAAUUCCUCAGCCUUGAUGGCUGACACAAAUCUACCAUUCCCUGUGCUCAACUUCAGUGGGCUCGUUGCUAACUUUGCCGCCAAGGGGUUCGGUGCCAGAGAAAUGAUCACACUCUCAGGUGCACACACUAUCGGUCAGUCUCACUGCAAUGGGAUCCUCCCUCAUCUCUACAACUUCACGGGAAGGGAUGAUGCCAAUGACACCGACCCAGCAAUGGAUAAGAACUUUGCUGUCUUCCUCAAGAAGCUUUGCCCUCAGGGUAACAGGACCAACACAAUCUUCAUCGACUCCACAGCCAACACGUUCGACAGAGCCUACUACAAAAAUGUGCUGCAGGGCAAGGGAAUUUUCAUUACCGACUCCACCCUCAUAACCAACCCUGUAGGCAAGAAAGUCGUCACCAAAUUCUCGAAACCUGGCUCCAGCUUCUUCACAGAAUUUGCUGCUGGCAUGGUGAAGAUGGGAAACCUUGGCGUACUCACUGGCACUGAGGGUGAAAUCCGCAAGACAUGUCAGUUCGUAAAUUAAUAGGUCCUUCCAGAGACUCGAGACGUUUUAGAUCAGUCCAAGUAGAAAGAGGUUGGAGACUUUAAGUCUCACAGCAUUCGUGACAGAUUGAUAGAAUAGAUUAAUUCAUUUAUUCAUUUCCAGAACAUCAGAAUAAGCUCCAUUUGUAGAGUCACGACGAUUUUGCCUUUCUCUGGUGUUUGAGCCUCCUCCAUUACAACUCAUACCACCAAAAGUAGGGAUAGAAUGUACGUCAUUCUCUACAACUGCUGCAAACUGGAGCGAAGAGGUUAGAUCAGAGAGGUUCCAGACUUUGGCCAGGAAUUGUCAAAUGUAAGUUUCUCCCGAGACUGAACCUGUUCAAAAGAAGCAAUAAAUUGGAUCGAUACCUGAAAUACUCCAUCAUUGAGUUUUGUUAAUUUUGCCUUUCGUGUUCUGAAACUCAUCCAAUUCAGGCUCUUGAAUAUCCGAUGGCGGUGGUUCAGAAAACCUCGCAGAGUAAAGUUACUUCACUCUGCGAUGUCUUCUGUC